GCCUCUUCCGGGGUAGGAGGCCCGUUCCCUGGUCUGGGAGCCGCCGAGGCGCUACCGGUGGCCAGCGCACCUUCCUGCUUUCUAUCGCACCAGUCCUGCCGUCUCCACUCUCUCCAGCUCCUGUACCCCAGGACACAGGGUUCCCUAGGAACAGCCCCAGGCUUAAUGAUUGUCCAGAAGGUGGCUAUAAAGGGAGCCUGAGAGCCUGGGUGGAGGAGGGAGAAGAAAAGACCUUACUCAGCUGAUUUGGGCACCGAGAGAGCCGGCAAGCAGGGGCUGUGGUCAGAGGCUCGGCGUCCUGGCCAGUAGGGCCUGCUCUCUUCCACCAUGGCUGCCCAGGGCUAUGGCUACUAUCGCACUGUGAUCUUCUCGGCCAUGUUUGGGGGCUACAGCCUGUACUACUUCAACCGCAAGACCUUCUCCUUUGUCAUGCCUUCGUUGGUGGAGGAGAUCCCUCUGGACAAGGAUGACUUGGGGCUCAUCACCAGCAGCCAGUCUGCAGCGUACGCCAUCAGCAAGUUUGUGAGCGGGGUGCUGUCUGACCAGAUGAGCGCUCGCUGGCUCUUCUCCUCUGGGCUGCUCCUGGUUGGCCUGGUCAACGUCGUCUUUUCUUGGAGCUCCACGGUGCCCGUCUUCGCUGCGCUCUGGUUCCUCAAUGGCCUGGCACAAGGGCUGGGCUGGCCCCCAUGUGGGAAGAUCCUGCGGAAGUGGUUUGAGCCAUCUCAGUUCGGCACUUGGUGGGCCAUCCUGUCAACCAGCAUGAACCUGGCUGGAGGGCUGGGCCCAAUUCUGGCAACCAUCCUCGCCCAGAGCUAUAGUUGGCGCAGCACGCUGGCCCUGUCUGGGGCACUGUGUGUGGUUGUCUCCUUCCUCUGUCUCCUGCUCAUUCACAACGAACCUGCUGAUGUUGGACUCCGCAACGUGGACCCCACCCCCUCCAAGCGCAAGAAGGGCUCCGUGAAGAAGGACAGCACCCUACAGGAGCUGCUGCUGUCCCCCUACCUGUGGGUGCUCUCCACUGGCUACCUCGUAGUGUUUGGGGUAAAGACCUGCUGUACUGACUGGGGCCAGUUCUUCCUUAUCCAAGAGAAAGGACAGUCAGCCCUCGUGGGUAGCUCCUACAUGAGUGCCCUGGAGGUUGGGGGCCUUGUAGGCAGCAUCGCAGCUGGCUACCUGUCAGACCGGGCUAUGGCAAAGGCGGGGCCAUCCAUCUACGGGAACCCUCGCCAUGGGCUACUGCUGUUCAUGAUGGCUGGCAUGACCGUGUCCAUGUACCUCUUCCGGGUAACUGUGACCACUGACUCCCCCAAGGAUGUUGCUUUCUGGACUCUGGCUCUGCACCCUCUCGCUGAACUCACAGGCUUUAUGGAACACGAGCUCUGGAUCCUGGUGUUGGGAGCUGUGUUUGGUUUCUCCUCGUACGGUCCCAUUGCCUUGUUUGGAGUGAUAGCCAACGAGAGUGCCCCUCCCAACUUGUGUGGCACCUCCCAUGCCAUAGUGGGACUCAUGGCCAAUGUGGGCGGCUUUCUGGCUGGGUGGCCUUUCAGCACCAUUGCCAAGCGCUACAGCUGGAGCACAGCCUUCUGGGUGGCUGAAGUGAUCUGUGCAGCCAGCACAGCUGUCUUCUUCCUCCUACGAAACAUCCGCACCAAGAUGGGCCGAGUGUCAAAGGCUGAGUGAAGAGGAUGCAGACUCUGCGGCAUCUUCUCUCACCUGUGGCCUUUCCAAGCCGGCAAAGGGUAGGGGCAGGGGUAGCUGCUCUGGUUUGCACUGAACCUCUGACUUCCCUUUUCCAUUCCUUCCCUUGCCCAGGUGACACUGGAAGUUAUCAGAGGCUAAUGAGGUCCCAGCUCCCCAUCCUAUGCUGUAUUUAAAAGAUACCCUUUGUUCCUGGACUCCAUUAGCUCCUACUUCCUGCUUCCAAAUGGGACACCCCUGUAGUCAGGGAGUCUCUUACACCCUUCUCCCUCUACUGGGUCCUGCAUUGUCUCCAUCUCACCCCAACCCCAUCAGGGGUGUGGCCACUCCUGCAGCUGCAGGGCACUAAUGGUUCACGACUUCUGUCCCAAGGCCUCUCAGCAGUAGGCAACUAUUGCCAAUACCUCAGACUCCAGGCCAGCACUCCCACUAUUACCCUGGUACAAUAGCGGGGUAAGGGUGGCAGAGUACAAAGACUUGUUCUAGAAUAUUAAAACUAGAUUUGAUACUAAACACUGUCAGUAAUUCAUUCUUUGAGAAAGAGGUAGUACGAGCCAAAGAUAGCUCUGGAAAAUACUUUUGGUACCUGCUCUUUCCACCUGAAAAGAGAGACUCCACUUCCCUGGAAUGGGGAAACUGAAGUGUAGACAGACUCCUGCAGUCCUCCUUUAAGCUCAUGACUCCUCUGCCCUCAUCUCAGAAGCUACUGGGUUUCAGGCAAGGAGCCCUGGUGAUGCAGUGGUUAA